CAGGUGAAUCAUUCGUUCAUCGAAAAUAUGAUUCAUGAGGAGAAUUGAAGUCAGAAAACAGGACACUUUCACUUCAGAUAAUGUUUAUUUUAAUACAUUUCUCACGUUUUCUAGAUUGACAAACGAUAUAAUUAAAACAGAUGGAGAAAGAACGAGAGAAUUUCUAUCGAAUCAUUUCUCUUAUCCUGAAUCUCGGCACAAAGUCUAAAAGAGAACUUCUGAAGCGUCAUUUGUCAACAGAGAAUAUAACAUUUCAAUAUCUUCUUAGUAUUUAUGAACAUGAUUUGUAUCAUCUUUAUUACAACACUGUCAAAUGUUGCAAAUGUAAACCAAACUAUAGGCUGCCAAGGAAAAGGGUUUUGAAUUUAGUUCAGUUGGAAAUAUUGUUCGACAGAAAACCAUCAAAACCUUUUGGGGCCUCAACUUUACAAUGUAAUGCGUCUGAAUUUUGUUGCUGCCAACUGUCUUCAAAGCCGUCUCUAACAGUUGACCAUUUAGACUUCACCCUUGCGAGAUGUUUAUUAGUUAAUUGUUGUGAAAAACUUUUCACAGAUAGCUUACUAGUUGGUGACACGACAGAAUCUUUCCUUAACAAGCAUAAGCACGACCUUUACCAUCUGUGGCAACCACAACAUACUUGUUGUUUGUGUCCAAAAGGAUGUCAACCAAACAAUAAAAAUCAGAUUUUAACGGAUAAACAGUGGACAAACAUUUAUAAAGUUACUAAUCUCAAAACCACGUGUCCCUACUGUGGUAGUCUUGGGGACGUGUGUAGUUCGAUGGCUAUUGCAGGAACAUCAUUGAAUAAUAUACAAGAUAAAAAGUUCAUUAGAAUCCUUUUGAUGAAUCUGUGUUCCUUAAGGAAAAAUAUAGACGAACUUACGGACAUUAGAAACAUGGUUUAUGGGCAUGCUUUGGAAGUGACAAUUUCAGACCACGAAUAUGAAACAAAAUGGCAGCAAGCGAAAGCUUGUAUAUUAUCACUUAGUAGAGAAUGUUCCAGAAGAACUGAAAGUGAAUUUCUUAUGAAAAUUGAUUUCAUCAAAACAGGAGCUCUCGAUGAAAGUCUGUACCAGCAAUACCAUACCGACAUGUUGAAAGAAAUAAGAAAUAACACUGAUAUGAAAAAAGAUAUUUUACAACACUUAGAACACACAUCCGACCAAAUGGUGUCAAACCAAACUUCUAUAGACAGAACACUUGACUCUUUGAAUGAAAAGCUUGACAGGGUGUUAGAAACCUCACGAAAGCUUCCAGUUCAUACAUCAUCGCAAUGUAUUCAAACAGAACCACAAGAUGCAAAAGAAUCUGAUGAUAAUCACAUGACAAAAUUCAACAAGAAAAUUAAUGAAAAAGAAAAAGACUUCAUAUCCUUAAAUAAGAAAAUCAGUGAUGCAGAAACCUACAAAAGAGUCUAUGUCGAGAAAACUUCACAAAUGAAACAAGCAAUUAAGGAGAGAUCGAGACUUUUACAGGAAGACAUUGUUUUGAAAGAGAAAGAGCUUAUGAAAGAAGUAGAAGAAAACGAAUUUGAUGCUAUUGGGAAACUGGAUGAGUUUAUUAAGAAAUCGGUUGAAAUGGGUCAAAAGCAUGAGAAAAAGGUCAAUAUUUAUAAAAAGAUGCUGGAAAAUAUCAAAGAAGACGAGGAAAUGGCUUUGCAGUUUGUACAAGACUCAGAACCUAUAUUAGAUUCCAUGUCUCUCAUUGUGAAUGUGGAUUUUCCUUGUCCCUUGACUUUUGAAUACAAAGCAUCCGCUGAUGUCAGAACAUUGUUUGGGGAGGUGAAAGAAGACAACAGAAUCGGUCCCGAUGGAAAAGAAAAGUCAAAAUACUGUGAAUCUCUAGAAGUUAUAAAUAAAUUCAAAGUCGAAACUGGCAGGUCAUCAGUCUAUAAUGUAACUGUUAGACCUGAUGGGAAAACAUGGGUUUCCACCAUGAAUUAUAACCUUUGCCUUGUAAAUAGAUCAGGGAAGAUCUUAGCAAAAGAAAAACUAAAUUUCGUUAUAUUUUUUUCCACCUGUGAUAAACAUGGGAAUUUAUAUUGUUCAAGUCGAGAAACCAGUAUCAACGUGGUUCAUCUUGAUACAGUAGACUCUAAUAACUACACUGUAUGUGAAUUUGAAAACUUCAACCCCUAUCUUACCAGAGGAAUUGAUACAAAUAAAGAAAAUCAUCUGUUGGUUUUAUUAUGGAAGGAGGAUCAAAGUAAAAUUGUUAUUUUCUCAGAACAGAAAAUGCUUAUAAAGGAAAUCAAGUUAGAUAUUGAUAAAACACCAAUUUAUAAUGACAUGUAUUACAUUGCUCAAAAUAAUGAUGGCGACAUAUUCCUGUCUGAUACUACACAUCUGGUUUGUCUUAAACAUGAUAUGAAUUACCAAUGCCUUCAACCAUCUGAUGAAACAUGGACAGGGAAAUCUUUAACUCUAGAUCCUUUUAAUAAUCUAAUCAGUACUGAAUGUCCACUUUCUUUGAGACCCCUUAGCAUUUUUGUUACCAACUCGAUGGGUAAAAUAAUCAAAACUUUUACCAUACAGGGACCGGGUAUUUAUGGUAUGAAUGGAUUAACGGUAGAUUAUAACGAAGAGGAACCAGUUCUAUGGAUGUCAACAACAACAGGUCAUGUCAUCAUUGCAAGAUUUGUAAACCAUGACAAAAAUGCAUUGCAAUAAACAUGUAAAGACAGUAAUCCAUUCCUACACUUCUGAUUGUAGAAAUAAAUACUUCAUUGCCACAUUCAAAAAGAUUUUUUAUUCGUCUGUGAUUUGUUAGUAAGUGAAUCUAUUUUAUAUGCAGGGUAUUAGAUUAUCAUUAAUACUGACAUGGUAUCCUCCUCUCACUGAAAAGAGGCAGUUGUGGUAAUAUGUUACUAGUAAUUGCUUUACGCUAAAUCCAUAAGAUGUUUUAUGUAUAAAGAUUGAUCUAUAGGAAUUAGAUAAAUGAUUUUUUUAUUAGUUGUUGUUGGCUUAAAACUGGCUGUCAGUCACUGUAAGUAGUUUUAGAUCUUUACUACAUAUCUUUAAUUGUGAGGGAUAUAUAAACACCCUGCCACUUCCAAUCUGUGUUUUUUUCUUUGUAUACUGUUCAUUCAUUUAUUAUCAUGGGUACAAAUUUUCAUGGAUUUAGGCAAACUAGCAUGUUCAGGGAUAUAUUUUUAAUUUCGUGGGUUUGAUGAAGUAUACAUAUAAGCCUAUAGAAAAUUUAUCAUUGCUUGAACAAUUAAUUUUGUGGUUUUUUGUAACCACGAAAUUCACGAAUUUUGGUAUCCAACGAAAAGCAAUGAAUCAUUAGUACUUCUGAUGAGUCAAUACAUUUUUGACUAAAUCUUAUAGGUUGUUGUUAUGUUGUGCUGUUAGGCGAUUGUCCCAUGGUAGGGGAUGUACAUCACUUACAAAAAUGUCAAAACCGCCACAUUAUCUAUGUGUAUGUCCGAAGCCAGGAGCCUUUUGUUCUGCGAUUGUUGUUUGUUCAUGUCCCUGAUAUUUUUUUAUCAUAAAUUGUUUUGUUAUAAAUUAGGCUGUUAGUUUUCUCAAUUACA